AUGCUAAUCGCACGGUAUAGGGACCAAGAACUGCGAUUCACCGUUCACUCCUCACCCGAUUAUUACCAGCUGAAGCUCUCUGUCUUCAAUGAUGACAAAAAGACAGACCUUAUUGGAGAAACCUGGGUGGAUCUCAAGAACGUUAUCGUACCCGGUGGCGGGCAGAACGACCUGUGGCACAAUUUGCAGUGCAAGGGAAAAUAUGCGGGCGAAUUGAGAAUGGAGCUGACGUACUACGACACUCGGCCCAAGGACGAAGCAGUCAUUGAGCGAAGAAAGGAGGCUGCUGCUGCUGAGAAAGCUGAGCGCAAGGGCAUAGCGGCCCCACAGAAGCCUCAGCCUAGCUCUAGGAGGACAAAAGGGCCCAGGCGGAGACCAUUGCCAGUUGAUUCCGCCGGCUCGGCCCCCUCACCGUCCCAUCAGUCGCCUAAACCAGCGAUUCAGCCAGGUCAUCCAGCACAGCCUGACCACAGUGCCCCCAUUAGGUCUCAACAGAUACCUAGCAACAUACCCCAUGCGAGCCAGGCCCAGCCUGUGCCAGUACAGCACGCCGUCGUCCCCAGCGCUGCUCGACAUUAUGAGACGCCGGAUGACCUUCAUCGGCAAUGGGAGGAACCUGCCCCUACGCAACCUCAAGCUGCUUAUCAUCACAAUCAUCCUCAUCAGCCUCAGCAACACUACCAUGGUGAUUAUGAGAAUGCGUACUCCCAGCCAGAAGUUUCCCACCCGCCUGUGCAGCAUCAGGCUCCAGCUCCAGCUCCUUCUGUGUCAGCAUCAAGUAACCAUUCGUAUGGCAACCUACAUGCCGACUAUUACCGUGAACCUGAGCGUCCAGAGUCUCACCAGAGCCAGCAUGGUCAGCAUAUAGAUGGCCAUUACUCCCAGGCCGUUGUUGCUACGAGUCACCACAGAGGCCCAUACGAGACACCGCCAAGGAAGGCUGUUCGUCAAUCGGUUGGCUCGGACCCUCGACCAAGUAGUCAGCAUUCUCAUCUCCCAGUUUCCAGGGGAUCUACACAUGGUACUCCGGACGGAUAUAGCCAUCAUCGUCCUUCUCCUGAGCCUCACCAGCUACAGCUCACACAAAGCCCCUCCAACCACUCUGGUGGUCACCAUCACUACAGCUCUUCAUUACCUAGGAAUGAUGUGUUUCAGGAGAGUCCAUUGAGAAACUCCAUGAGACAGCUGGAGUAUCAUCCUGUUAACAGUCACGGCUAUACCGGCCAUGGUUAUGGCCAUAUGCAGCCACAAGUUCAUGAAGCAGAUGAGGAGCAUGACCUUCCACCGCCACCCCCAAUCCACCGUGAUGGGCUUGGAAGGCAACCGAGUCCAGCACAGCUGGGACCAACUCAAGUUAUGGAUCUCCAAUUAGCACAUCGCUCUCAAUCAAUCCCAGCUCCACAACCGCUCAGUCUCGGCGACUCUAGAAAUCCUCAUAGAUCAACUGGGGAAAUGCAUCAAGAAUAUGUUGCUUAUUCUCCUCACGCCGCCGCCAACAGAAGGUACAGUACUUCGCCGAUUCCAAAUGAGCAGACCUAUUCCACCUCUCCAACACCAUCAUAUCAUUCCAUUGCUCAACCCCAGGAGUCGGUACUAGUUUCAGAACGACCAACCACCUCUUGCGGUGAAUCGAUCCCAUCCUCUCUCAUUGCCGGCGUUGAGCAACAAAAUCCAAGCUCGGAUCUUAUUGUUGCCCGACGCUGGAGCGAUAUCUCUAUGCACUUAAGCCAUAUCAACGACCCUCCGACUCAAACGACAGCAGACAACAGAGUUGCCCGACGACAGAGCUAUGUUCCGCCUCAGCAAACGCCAAAUCGUGCUUCUCCCUCACCUAUACCAGAGCGCAAAUCCGUCUCGCCUGACCCUCGACAAGUUCCCGCCCGCAAAUCUUUGAGCCCACAGCCACCCCCGGUUGCUAACCCAGACUCCCUUCAGGGGGUGCCGUUCGGACCAGACUCAUACGACACGCUUAAUCCCAAUGCUUCUCUCUCUUCAGCCCUAAUACAACCUGCAUCGCCUUACGAAACGCCGGAGGAAGCUAUGGAAGCUGCUCGUCAGCACGAAGUCGAUAAACUGCGUGCUCUUGGACCCAUUAUUGGCAAUGACGGUCGAGUCAUUGAUCCAUCUGACCAUCUUCCCCUUGAUACCUGGGCACCUGAGCCAGAGAGAAAAUCUAAGAAGCCAGGAGUAGUAGUUCGGUUCAAGCACACCUCGCACACAAAUACUGUUGGUCCUCGAGUAACAACAACACGAGACCGGGCGGCCACUUCAUCCGGUUCUUCCAGGAACUCAUACCAGUCAAGCAGCGGUGCUACGCCAGCAAGGCCUCCUAAACGUAUCACAUAUGUUCCUUUAUCAUCCAGUCCUAGCAAUGAGAGCACUGCUACCAGUAGCACAAUGGACCGUCCAUCCUCAUCUCGUCAAGGGAGCACCAGCCCACUUCCUCACCGGGAAAGCUUCUCCUCCAGCUAUUCCUCUCCUGCAAAUGUUAUGACUCCUCCCCACUAUCGCGCGCGGCAGGCAGCCCAGGCCCAGGCUCAAGUUCAAGUUCAAGCAAACCGGCGUUCGCCUUCUCCUUGCCCUUCUACACGUCCUCUUCACUCUCAUUCCCCUUCCCAUUCCAACUACUACCAACAAAGUGGCCCUCCUAUCCCAGCUAAGGUACCUGUUCAUCCUGGCUCAGACACCUAUAGCAAUGGUGGUAUGGGAGGUGAUCUAGACGCACUCAGUGAGGAAAUGAAAAGAAUUGACAUUGGGCUUGGGAAGAGCUCUGGCGCACUUGUGAGGAAAGGACGACAAUCCUACGCUGGUCAUUAUUAA